AUUCCCAAUAUGGCUGUCAAUUUGGUAAAAAUCAAAAUAUUGUUGUGCGUUUUCUGAGUUUUUUGCCCUUUCACGGCAUUUUCAUUGAAAGUAAUUCAACAAAAACAGAGAACCUCCAGAGCUUGAGUCAAGGGAGAAAUUUGUGUGUUGUGUGUAUUUUUUCAUUAACCAAAAAAGCGCCACAGCUGGACGUUUGGCAAAAAAAAAGAAAACAAAGAGUGCAAAAAGUUUGGACAGAAAGAAUGAACGCUGAAGAUUCAGAACAAUGUGCUAAAACGGACAUUUCUGUGAAAAGGGAAUCCUCACCCACGGCAUCCGGGAGUACAACGACAACACAGAAGCACGAUCUACCCGACGAGCACCUGAGACUUCUGGAAGGUACUGAAAAUCCUUAGAGAAAAUAGCAUUGCGGGGACGUCACUUGGGUGCCCCCCCUGCAAUGAUGCGAGUUUCUCAAAGCAGAAAUUUGCAAUAAAACAAUUUAUUAUUCUAUGUUUAACUUUAUAAGUAAAAAAAAAGAAGUGGACAAGUUAGUACAGAAGAGCGAAAGAAUGGUUUUCAAUUUCGGAGAGAUUUCUCUCGAGUGCUUCUUGUGUGGAAUGUAAAGAAAUGUGAAGAAAAAGAAAUUUUCUCAGGAAAGUGUAAAAGAAAAGCUUUCAGAGUGUUUUUAAAUGGAAAAUAUAUCUCUUAAAAGGUGCCCCAGAGUGUGAGGGAGUCUCAUGAGGCUCCCAUGUUAGAAAAAUAAAGAUUAAAAAGAAAUCUUUCAGUGAUUGAGUGUAGUGUAUACGUGCUCAUAAAUAAAUUGGACAUAAAUUAUAUAAUAAUUAAAGUGAUCCACCAUGAAUCUUCCUCUUCUUGUACACCACCCACCAAUAAAUCCACAAAAGCACGAUAAUUUUCGUACAAAUAAAAAUUAAUUCAUUCUGGGUAAUGAACGAAGCGAAUUUAGUUGUGCAAUUAAUGUUAUUGAGAGAUUAGAAGAAAAGAAAAAGUACAAAAAAAAAUAUUCUUAUCAAGUGCUUGUGUAUUGACAAUAUUAUCCCCGCAUUGAGGCACUUUUCUCCGCGCGAGAGAUUAUCACCUCUUCUUCACUGCCUCAGUCACAUCAGAAAAUGCGAGCUUCUUCACUCUCAGGGCGUGUGUGUGGAUGUGUGUGAUUCAUUUUUUUUUAUUUCUGGCAAAGUGAAAGGCUCAAUGUGAGCAUUUUGUGUACAAAAAAAAAUAUUAUAAAUACAUUUACUAUAUUUUGUGCUGCAAAAGAAAGCAGUGUCUUUGGAAAAGCAAAUGCACUCGUUCCUUUUUAGAACAUUUGAGAAGUAAAGAAAAGAAAACACUAAAAAGGUCAAUUUUAGCAUGUGGAAGGAUGCUUUUGCACUGCCCAUCCAAGAGCUCCAACUUGUACGACAGCAAUAUGCAGAAUCCCAGCGACGAGAGAGAAUUCUCGUGCGACGUUUGGCCAAUAAAGAGCAAGAGAUGCAGGAUUACGUGACGCAAAUUACAGAACUGAAAGCAGCUCAGGCUCCAGGGCCGAGUGCACUGAAGAAUGCCCUCCUCGAUCCCGCAGUCAAUUUGCUCUUUCAGAAACUCAAGACGGAGCUCAUGCAGACACGAGCACGUCUCGAGGAGACACAAAAUGAGCUAUCAGCGUGGAAAUUUACACCCGACUCAAAUACGGGGAAGCGCUUGAUGGCAAAGUGUCGGCUGUUGUAUCAGGAAAAUGAGGAAUUGGGCAAGAUGACGUCCAAUGGGCGUUUGGCUAAAUUGGAAGGGGAUCUUGCACUCCAGAAGAACAUUAGUGAGGAACUCAAGAAGACCCAACUAGAUCUUGAUGAGGUACUUAUGGAAUUGGAGGAAGAUCUCGAGGGGAUGCAGAAUACGAUUGUACUGAUGCAGCGUGAGCUGCAGAGUGCAAAUGAGAAGAUUGCAUCUUUGGAGCAGGAGAAUGGGGAAUUGAGACGCAGUAUGGGGUGUGAAGGUGUUAAUGGGUCCCGUGAAAUAGAGGUGAAUUGUGGUGGUAGUGCAAGAACAACAAGAAAUGUUGAUGUUUGUUUGAUGAAAAAUGGGGGGGAUGGCGAGAUUAUACGAAGCAGCUCUGCCGGUGAUGCAAAUUGCAAUGACACACGAACAGGCAAUGUGUGUGAUGGCAGCAGAGUGAUGAUGGGUGAGGAGCAGCAGCACGGUGGUGUUGGUGGUGGUACUGAGUGCUCCAAUGGGGGUACCGGUGCUGUGGACAGUGCAGAAGCCGUUGAUGGUGAAAAUGCAUGUAGUAAAAGUAAUAAGCGGACGUACGAUGAAAGUGAAUCAAGUGAAUUUAAUACAAGUACCAAGACACGAAGAACAUCGUUAAUGAAGCAAGCAGCACAUGAGGAUGAUGAGAGCAUCAAAGUACAGAAUUUUAGCGCAUUGACCCAGCAGAAUGGAACAUUAAGCAAAACUUAGAGAUAAUUUGCAAGAAAGAGAUUUUUUUUCGCCAGAGAGACAUAAAGUGUGUGGGAGGAAAAUGCAUUAACACUGAAACGACAUUGAUACAAUUCUUCAUUUUAUUUUAAUAAAAGAAAAAUAUUCAUCAAUUAAAAUAAA